GCGGCCCCGCAGCCGGCCGGAGCUGCGCGGUCGGAGGUGGGCAACGCCGGCAGGGCCACACGUGCUGACAAUGAGCAGGGAGAUGGAUCGUGGGGUCAGCCUGGAAAACCCCUACGCCAGCAUCAACAUCCCGCGGGACCAGUUCCAGCAAAGCUUCAUCACUUGCUACCUGAAGGACGAGCCCACCAUCAUCGCCAACCCUGCAGCCGUGCCCACCUACGGUGUGGAGGAGCAGGAGGGCAGCUGGAACAGCCCAACCAUUUCCACGGAGAAGUCCUGGUCCCGUCCCUACAACCCCUAUGCCAGCCUGAAGAUGCCCAACGGGGAAUCGCCCAACUCCUUCUACACUGUCACCCUGGACAAGCCACCCAAGGGCCAGGAGCAGGAGGCCAGCGGGGGAUGCGGCUGCUGCAAGUGCUGCCCUUGCUGCAGAAAGUGCUGCUGCGUUGUCUCCUAAGGGCCCUCGCUGCACCCGUGGAAAGUGCUGACCAUGGGAUGGGGCCAGAUGGCCUUAUGGGGACGUGGAUGCCCAGCCUGGACACCCUGGGGAGCUGACCUGGUGCCCGGCAGAGCUGGCAGCUGAGAGGUGGCACUGCCUGAACUCUGCCACUGCUUUUCAUCCGUGAGCUCUGCAGCCAGAUAUGCCGGUGAUGGGCACCUGCCAGGUCCUGAGAGCCCAGUUUGGGGCAUGGGAGAGAAGGACAGGUCCCCUCUGCCCCGCUGAGGCCUGGGAGCCUUGAGGAUGAUGUGUGCCAACGCAGAUGCCAUCGAGAAGUGUCUACACUGGGGAUGGGGCAGCACUUUGAGCCUGAGAUCCUGCCAGAGGGUAGGUUUGGAUGGUGGCAGUCCUGUGCAUCUGGCAGAGGAAGGCAUCAUCGUUGCUGUCUUGGAGCCGUGGAGAGGAGCCAGGGACAUGCCCCAGAUGGGAUGGGGACUCACCUCCCCAGAACUGAGCAGUGUCCCCCACCCAUCAUGGGGACGCUGCAGCACCCUGUGCCAAGCUCCAGCUAGGUGCUUCUCCUCCUCGCCACACUGCCCAUGGGACAGAGGGAAGGAGACAGGAAGGACAGACAGGCAAAGCGUGGCAGAGUGCUGGGCAGGGCUCCAGGGCAGCGCCUGACAGCACAGCAUGGGUGUGGGUGUUAACGUCCCAGUGCCAGGAAACCCCUGGCCCCUGCCAGGCUUGUGGGGUGCUGGGCACAACCCCUUGCCCCAGCUGCAUCCUGGCUCGGUGCUCCACAGCACCUUGGGGCUGGGUCCAGUGCGGAGGGCUGGCUCAGUUCCAGCAGCGGGGUAGCACUGGGGCACCCCGUUUGGGACGCAGAUCCCCAUCAUUCACCUUCUGUGACCCCCUGGGCAUUGAGGAAGGCGGGUGAGGAGCCCGCUGGCCUCUUCACAGCAUGGUGGGGCGGCUCCAGGCUGGGUUUUUGGCUGGGGCUGGCGCCGCCGACCUGGAACAAGCCUGCCGUUGUGUUGGCAUCCCACGGGCGGCCGUGCUGCCAGGCGGCAGCUGCGUAAGCACCGCGGCUGCUGCAGAAACAGGUCUGCAGGGGCAGGGGCUUGGAAACAGUGUGUG